GUGACGGCACCGCCAUGUCGUGCACCCUGGUCCCCUUCGGCCACUUCCAGGACCUGGAGGCGGCUCGCGACUUCCUGUGCCCGCACCGCCGCCAGGGCAGCGCCGCGGCCGGCCGGGAGGGCGCAGGUAAAUCAGCAAACUGGGAAGAUGAUGGCUGGGGAGCCUGGGAUGAUGCUGAAAUACAAGAACCUGAAGAAGAGGAAUCUGCUUCCAAGAACCAGAGAAAUUACUGGCUUCAAGAUUGUGUGUUGUCCUUGUCACCAACAAAUGACUUAAUGGUAAUAGCUAAUGAACAGAAAGCUGUCUUUUUAGUGCCUAAAUGGAAGCACAGUGACAAGGGAAAAGAGGAAAUGCAAUAUGCUGUUGGCUGGAGUGGCUCUCUGAAUGUUGAAGAAGGUGAAUGUGUGAGCAGUGUGUUGUGUAUCCCGUUGGCGAGUCAGAAGAGGAGUUCCACAGGCCGUCCUGACUGGACCUGCAUUGUGGUUGGCUUCACCUCUGGCUACGUUCGUUUCUACACUGAGAGCGGAGUGCUGCUUCUUGCACAGCUUUUAAAUGAAGAUCCUGUCCUGCAGCUUAAGUGCAGAACCUAUGAAAUUCCCAGGCAUCCUGGUGUCACAGAACAGAAUGAAGAACUCAGUAUCUUGUAUCCAGCAGCAAUUGUGACGAUUGAUGGUUUCAGCCUAUUUCAGUCCCUUCGUGCAUGUCGUAAUCAGGUAGCAAGAGCUGCAGCAUCUGGCAAUGAGAAUGUUCAGCCUCCACCAUUAGCUUAUAAGAAGUGGGGCUUGCAGGAUGUGGAUACAAUCGUUGACCAUGCUAGCAUUGGGAUCACAACACUGUCUCCUUUUGAUCAAAUGAAGACCGCCUCCAAUAUAGGUGGAUAUAAUGCAGCUAUAAAAAAUAGCCCACCUGCAAUGUCUCAGUAUGUUACUGUUGGAUCCAAUCCUUUCACUGGUUUCUUUUUUGCUCUAGAGGGUAGCUCACAGCCGCUAUUGUCUCAUGUUGCCUUAGCCGUUGCAAGUAAACUGACUUCAGCAUUAUUUAAUGCUGCCAGUGGCUGGCUUGGUUGGAAGAGCAGACAUGAAGAAGAACCUGCACAAAAACAGAAACCAAAAGUUGAACCUGCCACCCCAUUGGCAGUGAGGUUUGGACUUCCAGAUUCACGUCGCCAUGGUGAAAGAAUAUGUCUUUCUCCAUGUAACACUUUGGCAGCUGUAACAGAUGACUUUGGAAGGGUUAUUUUACUGGAUGUUACAAGAGGACUUGCAGUUCGCAUGUGGAAAGGAUAUCGUGAUGCUGAAAUUGGUUGGAUACAAACUGUAGAGGAUCUUCAUGAGAGGGAAACAGAGAAGAUGGAUUUUUCUCCUUUUGGACAUGCACAGGGUCCAAGCAGAGUGGCUCAAUUUCUUGUGAUCUAUGCUCCAAGGAGAGGAAUUCUGGAAGUGUGGAGCACUCAGCAAGGGCCUCGGGUCGGGGCCUUCAAUGUGGGGAAGCACUGUAGAUUGUUGUAUCCUGGUUACAAAAUCAUGGGUUUAAACAAUGUAACCAGUCAAGGAUGGCAGCCUCAGACCUACCAGAUAUGUCUUCUUGAUCCAGUGUCUGGAAGUGUGAAAACUAUCCAUGUACCUUUUCAUUUAGCACUGAGUGAUAAAAAGAGUGAACGAGCAAAGGAUAUGCAUCUAGUGAAGAAGCUAAAUACAUUACUCAAAGCUAAAACUUCAGAUCCAGACUUGGUUGAAGCUGAAGCAAAGGAAUUAAUCCUGGAUAUUAAAUACCCUGCUACAAAGAAACAGGCUCUGGAAAGUAUAUUGACAAGUGAACGUAUGCCACUCUCAUCUCUCACAAACAUCACUCAGACAUUAAUGGAUAAUUUAAAAAAACAGGAGCUCGAGUGUGUGGAUGAAGCACUACUACAGUUCUGUGCAAAUAAAUUGAAACUGUUGCAUCUUUAUGAGCUAGUUAACAAACUAAAUUCCCAGAAAAUACAGGAAGACACUCCACCCACAGAUAAUGACUUGGCUAAGCUACUUCGGCUGAAUGAAAAGGAUUAUUUUAGGCUUCAAACAUUGCUGGAGAACUACAAGCAAGAAAACACUCAAAUGGCUGUUCAGUUUGCUGAUGAGAAAGAUUGUGGACUGUCUGUGAAAACGUUCUUAGAAUAUUUAGAGUAUGAAAAAGAUAUGAUUAAUGUGAAGAAUAUGGAAGAUGGAGAAUAUGUAGCUUUAGGCAGCUUUUUCUUCUGGAAGUGUUUGCGUGGAGAGAGUUCCACUGAAGAAAUGUGUCACACAUUGGAAUCAGCAGGUUUUAGCCCUCAAAUUUUGUUGUCACUCCUUCUCAAUUUGUGGCUUUCUAAGGAAAAGGAUAUUCUAAAUAAACCAGACUCUGUCAGCUGCCUUUACACUAUGCUGUCGCUUCUGAGCAAAAUGAAAGUUGCCAUAGAUGAGUCACGGGACAGUCGCUUAGUUUCCCCCUGGUGGCAACAAAUGCGUACAGCUUGUAUUCAGUCCGAAAAUAAUGCAGCUGCCUUAUUGUCUGCUCAUGUUGGACAUUCUGUUACUGCAGAGAUAAUUGACAGUGUGACAGAGAAGAAGUUUUCCCAAGUAAUUGUAGGUUUGGGUACAGACUUGUGGGAAGCACUUUCUGUUGAUACUGAAUAUUGGAAACUUCUGCUGAAACAGUUAGAGGAUUGUCUGAUACUUCAAACACUACUGCAUAGCAAAGUGAGCAAGAGGACAAAGAGAAUUUCCUCUCUACAGACUGAGCCUUUGGGCAGGCUUUCUGUAAAGAAAUUGCUUGAAAGUGGAAAAGGAGGGGUUGCUGACAAUGUAGCGAAGUGGGUUUUUAAGCAAGGCUUCAGUCCUGUUGUACUGAAUUUGGCAAAACGCAAGAAAGAUACUGCUAAUACUGAAGAAUCAGCAGACAUGCGUAGUAACACCUUUCCUGAGGAACCGGAAGCAGAUUCAGGCUUGGAAACAAUCUUAGAGCUACUGCAACUAGCCUAUGAGCAAUUUCCUUGUAGUCUUGAACUGGAUGUACUCCAUGCACAUUGCUGUUGGGAAUAUGUAGUGCAAUGGAAUAAGGACCCAGAGGAAGCAUGUUUUCUCAUUAGGUCUAUAGAUCACCUUAGAUGUAUCAUUAAUGCCCACGUUCAACAUGGUAUCGCUCUGAUGAUGUGGAAUACAUUCAUAGUGAAAAGACUUUCUUCUGCUACUUAUCUAAUGGACAAGGUUGGAAAAGCUCCUAAGGACAGAUUAUGCAGAAGGGAUGUAGGUAUGAGUGACACUGCAAUGACAUCUUUUCUUGGCUGCUGUUCAGAUCUGCUGCAAACAUUACUAGAGGCUGAUGUUAGUAGUGAUGAAAUGCAGGCUCCUGUCCUGGACACUGAAGAUGCUUGGUUGUCCGUAGAAGGACCGAUAUCCAUAGUAGAACUAGCACUUGAGCAGAAACGCAUUCACUACCCGCUUGUGGAACAUCAGUUUGUGUUAUGUACUGUCUUGUACGUAAUCAUGAGGUUUUCUCUGAAGAGUGUGAAGCCCCUCUCACUUUUUGAUAGUAAGGGCAAAAAUGCAUUUUUCAAAGACCUGACUUCAAUUCAGCUGUUACCCAGUGGGGAUAUGGAUCCAAAUGUGUUAUCCAUACGACAACAGUUCUUAGUCAAGGUUGUGAGUGCAGUGGUUCAAACCCUGUGUUCGUCACAGAAGGCCAAAGAAGUCUCAGAAGAAGAAUCCUUUCCUUUUGAAAAGAAGGAUUGGCCAUCUUUGGUUGUGGAUCUAGCUCAGCAUCUUCAAAUCUGUGAGGAUGUAGUUCGAAGGCAUUAUGUCUGUGAACUGUAUAAUUAUGGCAUGGAUCAUCUUGGUGAAGAGGCCUUUCUUCAGGUGACUGACAAAGAAGUGCUUGCAUCACAGCUCCUUAUACUGACUGGACAGAGAUUGGCCUUUGCUUUAUUUCAUAUGCAGACAAAGGAGGGUAUGGAACUCCUUGUUAGACUUCCUCCAACAUUAUGUACUUGGCUUAAAGCUAUGGACCCCCAGGACCUUCAAAAUCCAGAAGUGCCAAUUGCAACAACAGCUAAACUAGUUAACAAAGUAAUAGAGCACUUACCAGAGAAUCAUGGGCAGUAUAGCCUUGCCUUGAAUCUCAUAGAGGCUGUAGAAGCAAUCUCAUCAUGACAUUCUUGGUUAAAACUAGUCUGCGAUAUAGUGAUAUAAUGCAUGACUUUACACAAUAAGGCUGAACUUUAUAGAAGGAAACGUUAAUGUGGCUUUUGUAAAACAACCAAAAGAACAACCCUUCCCACCCCAGAAUUUCAGAAGAUAAUUUUGAAUUGGAAUUUAUUUUAAAUUCUGCACUAGUACAAAGAUGGUUAGUUUCUAGUACAUUUGUCAGUAUUUGAAAUGCUUUGUUAUUUAUUUCUCACUUGAGUGCUUCUUGCAAUAGUCUAAAUUGGAUAGAUUUGACAGCAGUUUUAAUCUAUUUACAAAAUUACAUCUCGUGAAAUUCUGUAUUUCAUACUAGUGGUAACUGCUGCAGUUUCAAUGUUCCAUGUAUGAUUAAUUUUUUAAAGCAAGCUCUAGAAUUACACCUGAAAACUUCAGUCUCUGAAGUUACCCUGUAAAGCCAAUAGUGCUUUUUCAGAGCUAGAACUGGUGUUGGGCUCAUGCCUUGUAACUGUAUUAUCAUGAGAAUGAUGAUGGCUCUAGACAUAGGACAAGGGGCUGAGGCAUUAUGUGAGGGGAGAACCUUCCACUCUAGACACAAUUAUGGACUCAUCUCUUAGUCCAGAUCUCUGACCACUCUUUCCAUGGAUAUUAGGCCUCAGCUAAAACUGGUUUUACAUCCCUGUCCUUAAGUAUUAAGCUCUUUUGAAUUUCAGUGGGUCAAGGAGUGUCUUACCGUACAGUUGUUUCCUCCCCAUCUUAUCACUGUAGAAGAUGUAGUAUGCUAUAAAUCUCUGCACAUGUUAACUUUUAGUCAAAAACUGCUUAAAUAGUUGACCCAGCUUUACUAAGUACCUUAGCCUUAAAAAAGAAAAAAAAAAACAAUAAACUUAUUUACAGUACCUACAGGGAAUUAUAUAGUGAGUAUCUUCACUAUUGGGGUGGUAUAUUAAACAAUUAUCUUGCAUCAGUUAAUACUGUUUACUUUAUACUUAAAGGAAUGUUUCCUGGGAAAAGCCAGGAUGGAAGAAUAUCGGUGUAAACUGUUUUUGUCUUGAAGUCGGAUUAAAUUACUCGCUCAGUACUGUAACUUGUUCUUCUUGCAUUAUAUGUAAGAAACUUCCAUAGAAUUCUGCCUUGUUACCACAGAGAAUUUGGUCUUACCUUUCUGAAGUAUGUGCUGCUGUCAUCCAAGGGUUACAGUUCUGGAGAUAGCUUGUUCUAUAUAAGUUAUUUCGCCUGUUCAAGGUCCGCAGUUCUUAAGUGCUGUACUUUAAUGUAACUGACUAAGGCUCUUUGAAAAGUUUUGCUGUUAGAUGUCUGACUUCCUUCAGUGGUAUGAGAUCAGUUAUAGUAAAGACCAGUAAGAAUUCUAGUAAGAAUAACUGGCUGUCUCUAAUCUACACUUUCAGUAACUUCAAUUAUAAAACUAUAGAAUUAAAGCAGCUCUGAAGGGAGGGGAAAAAAAAAAUAAAAGUUGUACACUGAUUUUACCACCUUGCCUAACAGCACUUCAAACUUCUGCAGAAAUAAGAGUGAAUAAUCAUGAAAAUUAAGGAAAGACUUUUCUUGGUUGUGUUACAUUCCUGUAUCCUGGUAUAGCUGUGUAAAGGACUUCACUGUAACAGUAUCAUGUCAGAGCUCACACUACACCAAUCAAAUCUGUAAUGUACUGUAAGUAAUAUUCUGUAUAUAGUGCUAUUUUGUGUCUUGCUGUGUAUUUGUGUAAAUUGAUUAAAUAAAUUUGAGGGUUGAUUGUA